UCUCAACCACUCUCUAAAAAUAACAUAGCCAUCUCUUCACCUACUAAUACUCCCACCAGAAGUCUACACCCAUCCUCGUUUUACCCUGAAUUCUCCUUUCCUUCCAUGUUUUGCUGCUGAGAAACACUUCGAAAUCCUCUUGUCUUUGGGUCUCUAGGUUGCUUAUUGUCACCAGAGAUCCAAGAGUCCCUCGGGCUCCGUCCGGCCGACCAUGGCUGUGACAUCGGAAAAGUUGUUCAACAAAUAUGAGAUCGGGAAACUUCUGGGUUGUGGUGCAUUUGCUAAAGUCUACCACGCCAGAGAGAUUGCUACAGGGGAAAGUGUCGCCGUGAAAGUCAUCCAAAAGAGCAGACUCAAUAAUGACGCAAAUCUCAUGGCCAACAUCGAGCGUGAGAUCUCCAUCAUGAGCAGGCUGCGCCACCCCAACAUCGUCAGGCUUUACGAGGUUCUCGCCACCAGGACUAAGAUUUACAUCGUUCUCGAAUUCGUGAAAGGUGGCGAGUUGUUCGCUAAAGUGGCGAAAGCCCGGUUGGGGGAAGGUCAGAGCCGGAAAUACUUCCAGCAGCUGAUCUCCGCCUUGAGUUACUGCCACGCCCGGGGCAUUUACCACCGGGAUUUGAAACCCGAAAAUCUGCUGCUCGACGAAAAUGAGGAUCUGAAAGUGUCCGAUUUCGGGCUCAGCGCAUUGAAUGAUCAAGUCCAGGCAGAUGGGCUUCUGCACACGCUUUGUGGCACGCCGGCGUACGUGGCCCCGGAGCUUCUUGCCAAAAGGGGCUACGACGGCGCCAAGAUCGACGUCUGGUCAUGCGGCGUCAUUCUGUUCGUGCUCACUGCCGGGUAUUUGCCUUUCAACGAUCAGAACUUAAUGAAGUUGUAUAAAAAGAUUUACAGAGGCGAGUUCCGAUAUCCCAAGUGGAUGUCGCCGGGUCUCAGGCGGUUCUUGUCUCGCCUACUGGAUACAAACCCUGAAACCAGGAUCACCAUCGAUGAAAUCAAGCGUGAUCCCUGGUUUAAAAAGGGCUACAAAGAGAUCAAAAUUCAAGAAGAUAUUGGCGGUAUUCCGAAUGAGGAAGAGAAGCAGUUGGUUGAUCUUAAUGCUUUUGACAUUAUCUCCUUCUCUUCGGGGUUGGACCUGGGUGGAUUGUUCGUUGAUAAAUACAAAACAACAGAGGAUGUGGAUCGGCUGACGGUGGAGGAGCCACCGGAGAAUAUCAUACAAAAGGUGGAGGAGGCGGUGAAGGCGGAGGUCGGAGUUGUAAAGUUGAGGAAGAAGAAAGAAUGUGGGUUGGAGAUGGAGGGACAGAACGGUAAUUACGUAGUGGGACUGGAGGUUUACCGGUUGACUGACCGGUUGGUGGUUGUCGAGGUGAAGAGAAAGGCUGGGGAGGCCGACGUGUUCAGCGCAUUGUGGAAGGAUAAAAUUAGGCCUGUAAUUGUUAGGCAACCGGAGCUAGUGGUUGCCGUGAACUAGGUUCUUAAUUAACCUCUCACCUGCGCGGGGUGUUUACGUAAUUCAUCCUUUCUGUUCUGUAUACAUUUGUUCUAUUUAUAUAUCUGCAUAUGAUGUAAUAGUUUUUAAUAAUAAUUGUAAUAAAUUAAGAUAGGAAUUAGGAGCAGGCAAAUUAAUUAUACUGAAUGUCCAUAUGUACUUGGGCACAAUUGUUUAGUGAAAUGUACAUACAGAGGAAAGAGGAUGUCAAAUAAUAUCAUUUUAGAUAAUGUUUUUCCUUU